CUCUUUUUUUUUUUUUUUUUUUUUUUUGGGUUCUUUUUUUCGGAGCUGGGGACCGAACCCAGGGCCUUGCGCUUCCUAGGUAAGCGCUCUACCACUGAGCUAAAUCCCCAGCCCCAAGACUUCUCUCUUAAGCUGUUAUCUUUUUACUUGUUUAAAAUCCUCCAGUUCCAGAGCUGGAUGUCCUGGGUUCAGCCGCCUCAGUUUCGGUCUCAGGUUGAGUUGAGGGUCUGCAGAUUUGCCCCUGUGUUUUGUUUGUGCUUGAUCCUAUCUUCCAGCUCUUAAGACUUUGUAUGUGUGUGUGUGUGUGUGUGUGUGUGUGGUGCAUGCCUGUGUGUGUGUGUAUGUGUGUGUGGUGUAUGCCUCUGUGUGUGUGUGGUGUAUGCCUCUGUGUGUGUGUGUGUGUGUGUGUGUGUGUGUGUGUGUGUGUGGUGCAUGCCUGUGUGUGUGUGGGGGGUGCAUGCCUGUGUGUGUGUGGGGGGGUGCAUGUCUCUCUCUGUGUGUGUGUGUGUGUGUGUGUGUGUGUGUGUGUGUGUGUGUGUGUGUUCUGGGGUUUGUGUGAAAGUACCAAAUGUACGUGAAACCCAGAGGAAGCUGGUGUAAAGUUGUCCUGGAGCUGGAAGUACAGGCUCAGUGACUUCUUGUAAGGGGGCUGGGAUCCAAACUCAGGUCCUCUCUGAAGGGGCACUGCUCUUACCUCAGGGCCAGCCCAUCAGCCCUCUUUCGGGCUUUUCAAGCUAGCAUUAAACUGAUCGCAAUUAGGGCCUGUGGGACUCAGGCAUGGUUUAAUGACUUAGAAAACAGGAGUAGUAGAGUUGCCUUGCCAGCCACUCUGCUAGCUCUGACCCGCCCCACAGGCUUCCUGGCAGCCAUUGCCCCACGUGGGACCACGCCUUUGACUCCUUAGCCAUCUUUCUCUAGGGACUUGAAAGGGGAAAAAAAUAACAUUUUUUUAAAAAUCUCUAAUUUAUGGUUGUGACAUUUUCUUCUUGGAAUUAAGAAUCUAUAAUAUGUUACAGCAGUAAGAUUAAAAAGGGGGUUGAAAUAUUUGCAAAAUGAAAGUUAAUAUAUGGCUACUUUUGGUCACUUAAAAAGUGGCAAGAAAACUGUCACCUAAUUCAUUUCUAGUCACAUUGUCAUUAAGGGGUCACUCCUGCCCAGCAGUUAACUCUUUCCCUUUGUGAAGUGGGGCUAAUAGUGUGUGUGUGUCUCCUUAUUCACUAGUCUUUCCCACCCAGGGUGUAUGCUGUAAAGUCUAGGCUGGUUGGCCUGUGCCUAGUGUUCCCUGCCUGGCUUUGGCCAUUGGUACUGAACAUGUGGCAGGAGGCUGGCUCCCUGGCUUUAUCAGCUCUCCUUGUAGGCAUUCAGGGCUGGUGUGCGCCCGUGUCAGCAGCCACAGGGACUGCUCCUGCUCAGCGGUCAGUCUCUAGAGCCUGCAGAGUAUCACCCUUCUAACUUGGUCAUGUAUUCUUCCUUGAGCAACUGAAAUGCUUCUGUAUUACUGUGUCACUGUUUCCCACAUUCAGUAUUUGCUUAUCCUAAGGGACAGUUCAACUUGAAACAGGGUGAAUACAUGCCUGAGUCCUUAUUUCUAUAACUUCUCAGCCAUAUGGUUCUGCAGUCACUUGGGGCAGUGUAAAUGCAAGGCUUGUGCUAAGCCCAGAGUGUUUCCUUCUCUGUUCUGACUAACCCUAGACCUAGGCCUGGAAGCUUCUAGCUUCUGUACAAUCUAAUCUUCCAAGAUGACUGAUUCAGUCUGGCUUCUCUCAACUUCUGCCUGAAUUGCUCUGCCUGGCCUCAUACUAACUUUGACAGUCUGUUCUAAUCUUCUGUUCUAAUCUUCUUUUCCCAUGGGAGUUGGGCACAUCCUGUCUCUGACUCACUCUGUCAGAUCUUUCUCUGGUUCAUCACUUUGUCUGCUCCUCAAUUAGACGUCACUUUCAGACAUGGGCACUUCCUUCCACAAACUAACCUUACCUUCAUUGUUAGGGAUUGUAAGGACUUGUCUGUAUUCCAGCCAGAUCACACUGUAAUGCAGAGCAUGUCUGCAUUCGGGCUACAUCGCACAGACCUAGAAGGGCUAUGGAUGUGAUCCCUUGCUAGAGCAGCCAUGUUGCUGGAUUAAAAUUCCUCUACAGGUUACACCAAUUGUUACUUAUGAAUUGAAGUGUGUUUUUAGGUAUUCUUAGAGACAGUCAAAUGCCACCUGUAGCCAGCAAAGCCUCCUGAUUGCUGGCUACGGUGUGUGGCCUGUGGCAGAGCCUCCUGAUUGCUGGCUACGGUGUGUGGCAGAGCCUCCUGAUUGCUGGCUACAGUGUGUGGCAGAGCCUCCUGGUUGCUGGCUACGGUGUGUGGCAGAGCCUCCUGGUUGCUGGCUACGGUGUGUGGCAGAGCCUCCUGAUUGCUGGCUACGGUGUGUGGCAGAGCCUCCUGGUUGCUGGCUACGGUGUGUGGCAGAGCCUCCUGGUUGCUGGCUACGGUGUGUGGCAGAGCCUGUCCCCCUUGCUUUCUGGUGCUCCCUCCUCAUCUUAAACCUCUUUGCUGCCACCUGCAACUGCCUGUUCUUCUCAGCAGUCCUGGUGCCCUUUGUGGGAAGUGGGGUCUAGAGGCCCUGGGACUCUUGCCGAUGUGGGCAUAUGACAGUGUGGGCACCUGCCGGUGUGGACUCUCUGAUGUGAACGGUCCUGCUAUGGAGCUGCUGAUCAUCUCUGGCCCUGGAGACUGAAGUGCUCAGCCCUCUCUUGACGUCUAGAUGUAUUUGAGUCUUACUCUUUUGAUUUUAUAUUUAUCGUUUUUCUCUUAUGCUGAAACUGGCUCCUAACAAGUUUAGCAUAUUCACGCACUUGUUUUAACCUGUAGAGUAAAUAACAGUAUCGCCAACAUGAAGCUACUUGCAUAGCUUUAGAUUUCCCACCGUUCUUAAUGUCUGUGGACUGCCAAACAGUUACUUUUUUAAGUCCUUGAGUCAUUGGUGUUUCAGUGAAAAUGGCCCCAUAGUCUCAUAUAUUUGAAUGCUUGGUCCCAAGUUGGUGGAACUUCUUGGGAAGGAUUAGGAGGUGUUGCCGGAGGCCGUGUGUCACUGGGAGUGGGCUUUGAGGUUUCAAAAGACUCAGGUCAUUCCCAGCAUCUCUCUCUGUCUCUGUCUCUCUGUCUCUGCCUCUCUCUGUCUCUGUCUCUCUUUCUGUCUCUCUGUCUCUGCCUCUCUCUGUCUCUGUCUGUCUCUCUGUCUCUGCCUCUCUCUGUCUCUGUCUCUCUGUAUCUCACUGUUUCUCUGUCUCUGUCUCUGCCUGUCUCCAUCUGCCUCUCUCUACCUCCUAGGUAUGGAUUGGAAUGUGAGUUCUCAGCUGCUGCCCCAGCACCAUGUCUGCCCACUGCCAUGCGUCCUGCCAUGAUGGUCAUGGACUCACCCUCUAGAAUAAACCAUUUCUUUUCUAAGUUGCUGUGGCUGUGGUGCUUUGUCACAGCGACAGAAAACCUUUCUAAGACAAGCUGUCCUUGCAGUACCAUCACUGGUUACACAGUUAGAUCACUUGUUUCACUGAUUUUACAGAAAGUUCUUUUUCAUUUUAUUUGUACAUUUUAUUUGUAUUGUGUCUUUACAAAACUUUUUCAUGAUUCCAAGACACAUUUAGAUACUUUUCAUAAAUCUUAGCUUCUCUUCCUAAUCCUUCUUCACAGUGACCAAAAAAUAGGUAGCCAGUAUUUCUCCCGUUUCAGAUGGAGAUCUUUCUCAGGGACCUGUGUCCUUCCCAGGUAGAGCAAUGCCAGGCAUCCAGAGGAGAGGGGAGAGUUUGGAGUAGAGCUCCCAUCAGAAAUGGGGAGCUAGAGAGAAUGGAAGGAGCUUAUGGAAGCCAUUGACUGGAGUGCCACGUUUUAGUCUAAAGUUCUCAAUGUGGCCAUGUUUCUUCCUCUUUGAAUUCAUUUUCCUGUAAAGUUAACAUUCUAGAAAAGGGAAUUACAGACCACCCACUCCCCAAUUCCCCCACUCCUCCGCCCCCACACCCUGCUUCCCACUCCCUUCCUGGUAGACAGGCAGUCUCCCCUGCAAAGGUGCUGCCUGAUGCUGGAGGCCUGAAGGGUGGCUUGAGCAUUGGGCUCUGCUCCUUCCUUUCUGUGCAGAGGCAGGGCUCCAGCUAUAGGCCAGGAAAAUGAUAGGCCUUCAUCUAAGAGGGCUGAGCAGUGCUUUAAAACUCCUAGACUGUAGGGCUGGAGGGAUGGUUCAGCAGCUAAGAACAGUACGCUCUUCUAGAAGACCUGGUUUUGGUCCCCAGCACCAGUGUUUAGUUAACAGUUGCCUGUAGGACUCCAGUGCCAUCAUCAUCUUACCUCCCUGAGCAGCACGUGUGUGGCACACAUACAGGUGAGACAAAGCUGGGAUAUAUAAAAGGUAAAAAAUAAGUACAUCCUAAAGGUAAAUGUCCAAAAUUGCUUGAAUCUAGACCAUCAGGUGACUGUUCUCUUAGAGCUGUAACUCGUAUGUAUCUGCCUUGAGUUCUUCGCCCCGUCAGUGUGGUGAGCUGGUCUGUUUCAUUCUCUUUUUGAAUAGGGCUUUUAGAAAGAUAACUAAUCCUAAGUUGACUGGUUUAGAACCACUGAGAAACCGUACCUCUGGAGGUAUUUAUGAAGCUGUUUCCAAAAGGGCUCACUAGAGGAGGGAAGUCCACCGUGGCUGCACGGCACACUGGGGUAGUAGAGUAAAUAAAAGGAGAAGGUGAGCUGGCCACCAGCACUCCGCUCUCUGCCUCCAGACUGGUUCGUAUGAACAACUCCUCGUGUUCCUGCUGCUAGGCCUGCCCUCCCCACAGCAUCCACCUGAGCCUUCAGAUGGUGAGCUAAUGACAGAACAGCCACUGAUCAGAAACUAACACACACGUUUCAUGGCCUUCUCUGCUGUACUUUGCGGUGUAGGGGCUAGGGGCUGUCUGCCACGGUGCAGCAUCUGGCGUCAGGAGUCACAAAGGGAGCUGUGUACCAGAGCACAGCUGAAGCAUGGUUCCAGGAGGCCUCCGUACUGUCCGCACACCUGCCACCCCUGACCUCCCCUCCCACCACCACUGCCUCACCGCAUGGCACUGAGCCCCUGCUGGACUGGCUGCCAGGCUGCUUUCUCUGCAGGAAAGCCGUUCAUCCUUUCUUGCUGGCAGGAGCCAUUUUCUUUGUUUAUCUGAUGCUUCCCUUUUUCGGUUUUCCCCGUGCUUUCCAGUUUUUUGGAACAUUCUUUUGUCAGCAGAUGUACUUUUGUUUCUAGUUUCUAAGCUCCAAAAUUAAAAUGUAGCCAAGUCACAGGAGUAGAGACUUAAUGUUGAAGGCAGAGGAAGUGUGAAGUCACUGUCCGUUCUGCUGCAUCACCUGUGUAAGCCGGCCACCUAAGGCAGCUGACCGGAACCGUAGAAUCUGUGUCCUCAGAGGAUUAGAUACAUCUUAUGUGGAUUAAAUAAGGCCCUCAGAUACAGUAAAUUUCCACCUGAAAAUACAGCGGAUAGGAAGCACUCAGUCUGCGUGAAGGGCAGCAGAGUCCUGGUCUGGAACUAGGACACCCAGCUAUGGCAGGACCUGGGCUCUGGGGCUGCUGCUCCUCACUGCUGGCCUUGGCUGCUCUUCAGGGUCUCAUUGUGUGAGAGUGGUUAAGUGCCAUGUUCUAACCAUGCAGUUCCCUCUCUAACCCCUUCCCUAGGGGUGCCACCAUUUCUGUUCGGCAAAAGUUGAGCAAACGUUCUUUUCCCGCUUGAUUUUCUUGAGGAUGGAAGGGGUGGUGUGGGCAUAGCCUCAGGUUCCAUCGGUGACCUGCCCUGCCACCCAGAUUUGUGUGUGUUCAGCUUCUGGGCAUUGGAGACUCCGUGUUAUUUCCUCGGCUCCAGCUCUUACACAGUUGACAAAACCCUAAAAGCUGUCUCUUAUGCAUUUGACUGAACCAGCAUAAUUUUUCUUUAGUAAAAUAUAUGUAGCAUUUCAUUAGCUUAUAAUUGCUAACUCUGAAUUUCAGGACAGAGGUAUACUAUAUGUAUAGCCAUGUAAAAAUAAGUGAAAUAAAAGUAUUUCUAUCCAGUCAUGGAAUCUGAUCAAAGGUUUUCAUUUUCACAGUCUUCUGUUUGGAGAGAUUCCCAACACUAAUUUUGCUAUUUCUUCUGAUGGCUGUGCAGAGCCUGCAGCCUACGGGGAUUCCCGAGGAUGUCCUUGUGACAAACACUUUAGAAAUAACAGGGCCGUCUUAACUAUAGGGACUUAAUUUUUACACACGGUCUUUUGUUUGAAGCCUUUAAACUAAGUCUUUGUUUGGGUGUGGAGCCCAUGGGUAUUGUCCCCACCCAGGUGGACGGUGUCCGCUGUCUGCAUCAGCUGUCCCCAGAGCCCAGGCUCUGGCUCAUGCCCCUGUCCUCUUGGCCCUUGUCCUUUGGUUCCUGUGCUCAGGUGAGCAUCUUCUCAGGUCAGAGUCUGCAUGACUUCUAGCAUCUCUACUCGCUUCUACCUUUGACUUACUGUGUGGUAUCGUAGCCUGGGGUAGUAUGCCUGCCAUUCCCAAGGUUGGUCAUGGGGAGCAGUGUUUACCAGGCUAUCUAUGGAGGGAGCCAGACCUGGCUGUCCCAUCUCCUCAUUUUUUUUUUUUUUUUGGUUCUUUUUUUGGUUCUUUUUUUCAGAGCUGGGGACCGAACCCAGGGCCUUGCGCUUCCUAGGCAAGCGCUCUACCACUGAGCUAAAUCCCCAACCCCCCAUCUCCUCAUUUUUAAAUGAGAUCUCUUUCCUAAUUUGAUAUGUGUGUGUUUGACCUCAGAGCCCUUGUGCAGAGGUCAGAAUACAACUUGCAGGAUUCGGUUCUCUUCCUCUGCCCUGAGACCUAGGACUGAGCUCAGGUCACCAGAGGUGAUGAGGUCCUGCCGUCUGCUCAGCAGCCCUGCAGCCUAGUUGUUCUACAUCUUUAUUCUAAACGUUUGUGUAUGGGUGUUGUGUCUGCAUGCGUGUCUGCGCUGUGUGCACGCCAGGCGAGACCCCCAAGAACUAGAGUCACAGAUGGCUGUGAGCCGCCAUGUGGGUGCUGGGCAUUGGGCUCAGAUCCUCUGAAGAGCAGCAUGAAUCCUCGACUGUCGGGCCAUCUUUCCAGCCCAGGCUUUUUGGUUUGUUUGGUUUUGUUUGUUUGUUUUGAGACAGGGUUUCCUUAUGUUCUAUCCCUGGUUAGCCUGGAGUUCACUGUGUAGAUCCAGCCAGCCUUGAAAGCAGGGAGCUGCCCCACCUAAGCUUUUAGCCCUUUUCUUUUUUCUCACGUUUUGAAAGAUGGUCAAACUGUGGAAGGCUAGGUAACAAGACCUUGUUUGUUGUUGUUGAUGUUUGUUUGUUUUAAUUAACUAUAGCUGGGUGUGGUGGCACACAUCUCUAGUCCUAGCACUCAGGAGGCAGAGGCGGGUAUCUCUCUGAGUUUGAGGACAGCCAGGGAUAAGCAGAGAAAACACCACUGUGUGUGUGUGUGUGUGUGUGUGUGUGUGUGUGUGUGUGUGUGUGUGUACACAUAUGUAUACAUAUAGAUACAUAUAUAUGGUGAGGGUGUAAUAUGGUGUGGGUGUGAGUGCUAUAGUGCUCUUCUUCCACCCUGUAGAUCUCAGGAAUCAGUCUUACGUUGUUAGAUUUUUUUUUUGGCAAACAUCUUUCAGCCCACUGACCACCCCCACCUCAUAGUUUUAAAGACAGGGUCUUAUGUAACUUGGGCUAGCCUCACACAUGCUAGGCAACCAUUGAGCUCCAUUUCAAACCACCUUCCCUACCUUGAGGUCACAGAAGGCUUCUGUGUUUGUUGUGGUCAAGAGCAGAGGAAGCUGUUUCUUACCCAUGGUUAACCUGGCAGAGACAUAGAGGUAGGUCAGUAGCUCCAGCCAUGGGGAGGCCGCCUGUGGGCUGUGCACAUCUCAGGCCGCCCUCGGGAUUCCCUCAUGAAGCUGCCACUUCUGCAGCCUGCCCACCGGCAAUUUCUCUGCACGUCUGACAUGCUUCAGAGCAAAGAGUACCACAUUUCCAUGGAGACCAAAAGCAUCAAUACCUCAGAAUUUCUCCUCCCUAAGAUGGAGCCAAGCAAGAAGAUGGGUGCUGCUGGCGCAGCGCAGCCCAACCCACCCCUCAAGCUGCAGCCCGAUCGCGGCGCAGCGUCAGUGCUCGUGCCGGAGCAAGGAGGCUACAAGGAGAAGUUCGCGAAGACAGUGGAGGACAAGUACAAGUGCGAGAAGUGCCGCCUGGUGCUGUGCAACCCGAAGCAGACGGAGUGUGGGCACCGCUUCUGUGAGAGCUGCAUGGCCGCCCUGCUGAGCUCCUCAAGUCCAAAAUGCACAGCCUGCCAAGAAAGCAUCAUCAAAGACAAGGUGUUCAAGGAUAAUUGCUGCAAGAGAGAGAUCCUGGCCCUUCAGAUCUACUGUCGGAACGAAGGCAGAGGCUGCGUGGAGCAGCUGACUCUGGGACAUCUGCUGGUGCACCUGAAAAACGAGUGUCAGUUUGAGGAACUCCCCUGCCUGCGUGCCGACUGCAAAGAGAAAGUACUGAGGAGAGACUUGCGGGAUCACGUGGAAAAGGCCUGUAAAUACCGAGAGGCCACGUGCGCCCACUGCAAGAGCCAAGUCCCCAUGAUCACACUGCAGAAACAUGAAGACACGGAUUGUCCCUGUGUGGUGGUGUCCUGCCCUCAUAAGUGCAGCGUUCAGACUCUUCUGAGGAGUGAGUUGAGUGCACACUUGUCCGAGUGUGUCAAUGCCCCCAGCACCUGUAGUUUUAAGCGCUAUGGCUGCGUUUUUCAGGGUACAAACCAGCAGAUCAAGGCCCACGAGGCCAGCUCCGCGGUCCAGCACGUGAACCUGCUGAAGGAGUGGAGCAACUCCCUGGAGAAGAAGGUUUCCUUGCUGCAGAAUGAAAGUGUUGAGAAAAACAAGAGCAUACAAAGUCUGCACAACCAGAUAUGUAGCUUUGAGAUUGAAAUUGAGAGACAAAAGGAGAUGCUUCGAAACAAUGAGUCCAAAAUCCUUCAUUUGCAGCGAGUAAUAGACAGCCAAGCAGAGAAACUGAAAGAACUCGACAAGGAGAUCCGUCCCUUCCGGCAGAACUGGGAGGAAGCAGACAGCAUGAAGAGCAGUGUGGAAUCCCUCCAGAACCGUGUGACUGAGCUAGAAAGCGUAGACAAAAGUGCAGGGCAGGCAGCUCGCAACACAGGCUUGCUGGAGUCCCAGCUGAGCCGGCAUGACCAGAUGCUGAGUGUCCACGACAUCCGCUUGGCCGACAUGGACCUGCGCUUCCAGGUCCUCGAGACUGCCAGCUACAAUGGUGUGCUAAUCUGGAAGAUCCGUGACUACAAGCGCCGGAAGCAGGAGGCUGUCAUGGGGAAGACCCUAUCUCUCUACAGCCAGCCUUUCUACACAGGUUAUUUUGGCUAUAAGAUGUGUGCCCGGGUCUACCUGAACGGGGACGGAAUGGGGAAAGGGACACACUUGUCGCUGUUUUUUGUCAUUAUGCGCGGAGAAUAUGAUGCUCUGUUGCCGUGGCCAUUCAAGCAGAAAGUGACACUUAUGCUGAUGGAUCAGGGGUCCUCUCGACGCCAUCUGGGAGAUGCGUUCAAGCCUGAUCCCAACAGCAGCAGCUUCAAGAAGCCCACGGGAGAGAUGAACAUCGCCUCUGGCUGCCCAGUCUUUGUCGCCCAAACUGUUCUCGAGAACGGGACGUACAUUAAAGAUGAUACAAUUUUUAUUAAAGUCAUAGUGGAUACCUCGGAUCUGCCUGACCCCUGACAAGAAACCAGGGAGGUGGAUUCAGCAGAAGGUAACUCCUCUGGGGGGUUGAACAGGUCUGUCUUCACGAAGGUCCUCGCCCUCAGAAAGGACCUUGUGGGACAGAGGAAGCAGCCGGAGGAGGAGGAGGAGGAGGUCGAGUGGCUGGCAGGAGGAGCCACAUGUGAAAACAGACCCCAACGGAUUUUAUAAUAGACUAGCCACACUCACUCUGAAGAAUUAUUUAUCCAUCAACAAGAUAAAUAUUGCUGUCAGAGAAGGUUUUCAUUUUCAUUUUAAAAGAUCUAGUUAAUUAAGGUGGAAACAUAUAUGCUAAAAAGAAACAUGAUUUUUCUUCCUUAACUUAAACACCAAAAAAGAAAACACAUGUGGAGGUAGCUGGAUGGGUCAGCAUGUUACCUUACAAGGAGAACUUAUGAAAUAAUAAUACAGUUCUGAUAUAUUCAUCCUAAAAUUCAAGAGUGCAAUCUUGUUUCAAAUAUAGUAUAUUGUCUAUUUUUAAGGCCUCAUCUGGUCGCUGUUUUAAUAAUUUGUUUGUCAGAAGACCCUGAGUAGGCACAAGGUCUCUAAAUUCAGAAGUCAUUUUUAAUUUAAAGUUCUACAAAUAAUUGUUACUGCAAACAUUUUGUUUUAAAACGUUGAUAGACUGAUAUUUCUUGGAAGAAAAUGUAAACUAUCAAACACUGGUUAUCACUUGUGAUAGGGAAGAGAAUAUUGAACCUGUUGUUAUUUCUCGUUAGAAAUGUAGCCUUCGGUAUCUGUCGUAGCUCCGUGACUACUUCACGAUGGCGAUGAGAGGAUCAACGCUCCUGGAUGCUGUGCAUCAUUUCAGACUAAAGUUGUUCUCACCCUAAAGUAGGGCAUCAGUUGAACUUUGGAGUUCUAAACAAAAUCCUAUAGGUUUUUAAAAUUCUGCCCCAUGUUUAGACAAGCUCUGUGUUGCUGACAGCACCAGCCUUGGUCUCCAGUGUCCGGUGUCGGGGAUAGGCAGGUGACCUGUGCCGCAGGAGGCCCCAGCAAGCAUCCCAUCCUGUCAUGCUGCUGCAUUCGGCUAGCGCUCUCCGGAAGGAAGCGACGUCUGUGCUCAGAGAUGGUGGCAUACGGUACAUGUGCCUUAGAUGUGACAUGCUGCUUCUCGUCCCUGGGUUUGCGUUCACCAUGAUUCUAGAAAGUGGUAGUUUAACCAGAUCUCGAUAUCUCUCUCUCUCUCUCUCUCUCUCUCUCUCUCUCUCUCUCUCUCUCUCUCUCUCCACCAGAUCUUUAUCUCUGCCAGGGCCCUCAGACAACUCUGAGGGAAGCCAGGCCUCUGUUGGCAGCUUCUGAGGCCUCUGCUGCUAAAUAUCCACAGAGUCCAACUGCAGGCCCCCAAGAGCAGCUCAGUCCCACUCCAAGGGAGGAGGUGUGAGCGAAGCCACACCCUUCCAGGUCUCUACAAGGGCCCUGAAGUCCCCCACAGCAUGAAGGAGAAGUGCCCCUGCCCCAAGCAUUCCCAAGACCACUGGUCUGGGGGCCUGCCCAGGCUGGCAGCAGUGGCCCUGGCCUCCCUGUUAGGAGGGUGGCCAGCUAACGCCCAGCCUGUUAGUCCGGACGGCACUCUGAACUAGCUCAGUUUCCCCACUGUGACGAGAAGCCUGGAGCCCUGCCCCGGUGCCCCUUUUGCUAUGCACCACACUUCAUGGUGCUCUACAUUGAUGGGUGCUACACGCGACGGGUGCUUCUUAGGCAAAACCAAUGUGUGCAAACCACCACAUCUGUGCCACUUGCCCAAAAGGCGCGCCCACAAUUGGCCAACUGGGCCCGCGCUUCAGACUGCCUGCCUCUGGGCUCUCCCCAUGGUCGCACGGGGACAGCUGGGUUGGUGCCCGGUAGCCCACCUUGUCUCUGGUGCUGCCAUCUGUCCUGGGUGUGCCUUCGCCCCGGUGCCUGCUGGAGGUGCCCUCCUCUCGCACACCUGUCCCCGUGCUUCCAUGAGCGGCCUCUUGCUUUCUAGCACUUGCCCUGCCCGUCCAUGGCUGAAGCAUUUGCUUCUUCCCCCUGCUCCUCCUUUCCAUUCUGCUGGGAUUGCUUUGGGGUACGUCAGUGACCUUGGUUCUGCUCAUAAGGAAAGAGUGCAGAGCCCACGUUCUUCUUCCUCUAGGCCUGUCCGCAGGGUUCCUCCCCCAAAGAUCUGGAGUUGGAGGACCACUGGCAAGUCCUCAGCUGGCUUCAGGAAGCUUUCCCAUGGCCAGGUGCCAGCAACAGGGACAUCCCUGCAGCGCCCCCUUUAGAGACGUCAGUGCAGUACCAAUAGGUGUCGGCCAGCAGCAUCAGGUCAGACAAAGGCAUGCCUGUCUUUAGCUUCAGACCCUGGUAUGAGGGUGACCCUGAGGUGUCCUCCCUGCUAGUAAGACUUUCACAAGGCUCCUUCCUAUGUGAAGUGGGCCCUCUGGCCUCCCCCUGGUGCCUGUAGGAUGUGCGUAAAGUAAGUGACUCUUGCCCCCGAGGUGAGGGCCCUGCACGUCCCAGCUUCCUGUAGUGUGUUGUGUCUGUUGCAUUUCUUGGUAAUAGUAGAUUAGCGGGCGAGCUCAUACCCUUGUGCCCUGUCUCAAUGUGUGAAGGGCGUGCUGAGACACGUCUCCUGGGAGGUGUGGAGCAUGUCGCGUCCUACCUGGGUGUGCCUUGCUCUGCUCCAUGCCAGGCUUCCUUGGUGCUCACCACCCGGGCCACUGUUGGGCUGCGGCCUCCUGGCAACCAGCCCUCGUCACAUCACAGGGUCCUGGCCACAAGAAGCACAGGGUGGUCAUGCGGCGUGGGUGCCUGACUGUGCAAAAGUGUCAAGUUGCUCACCUUUUAAGGGGCCGUUUGCUCCAUGGCCUCCGUGGGGAAAUUGGGCGCAACCCCUGCUUGCCUGGGGUGGUAUCCGUACCUGCUCAGAACUGAUGCUGGGAAGACGCCGGCCACUGAGAGGCAGUGUGUCCUGAGGCCCGGCCUGUGGUUUUUGUGAGUAGCUGAAAGCCUGUGUCAGUAACAACCCAGGGCCAGACUGGGAGUGAGGCCUUCUACCUUCCUUGGUCAGGGAGAGGAAGGUAGCCUGAGGCACCGUGGCUGAGCCUCCUUUACCUCUUGGGGAUAGACAGAGCCAGCCUAGGCCACGAGCAGGCUGCAUGUGAGAGGAAUGGUUGAGAAUGAAUCAGGAUAACACAGCCGAGUGUGUGCUGGGCUCACACGGGAGACCAGAGCCUACAGCCAGCAUUCGAAGAAGCCAAGGGCUGUUAAGAGGGUCCGCAUCCCAGUCCGAAUCCAUCCCUUUCCUAAAGUAGCCUGUGCACAGAUGGCACCAUGUCCCUAAGACAGCACAACAGUCAGACAGCACAGCCAUCAGCUGAGGAAGGUGUCUGCUUACAGCCACCAUCCGCCUCCUGUCUUUCUCUGCUCCUUUUCCAUUUAUUCCAAGGACUGGGACUCCAGGGAGCUGUGGCCAGAGGCACUGUGGCUCUGCUUCCCGGGCAGGCCUUCAGACCCCCACCCCCAGAUCCCCUUCAAAACGACUUCCGUCUGACUGUGUGGCCAGCCUCGAGAACCUAGCGGUCAGAUACAGCCCCCUGUGGAUAGCUGGUUAGCUUGGGCCUGACAUUAAUGACCCCACUGCAACCAGGCAGUUUACACAGCGGUCACCUGUGGCAGGCCCAGCAGCAGUAGACAGCAUCCAGCAAAGAUGAGGGUGUGUGGGACACCAAGCAUCAGGGCCAUGGGUAGAGCACUCCUGCCCGCCCACGAGGAGACCAGGGGGAGUGCCACGGCCAACAGCAUGGUCCUUCUGCCUUCUUACCCGCACACUGCCAAGCAUUGCAGGGACUGUACUUUGUACCUGGCCAAGAUGUCCCCCUCACCCCCCUACCCCCACAGGUGACAGGGUGGGUCAGUCCCUACCCUCCUAUACAUCCCUCUGCUUGGGACCAUCAGUGAAUGGAGAAGGGCUUGGUGGGGCGUAGGGUACUUAUUUUUUUUUUUUUUUUUUACUUUCAAUCGAGCCCUUUACUGGCUACACUGCAGGAGAGCUAGUGUGGGUUUCAUGCCGUUGUGUCCUGAGUGUGUGUGACAAAUGAGGGUCUGUCCCCACAUCUUCUCAGACUAAGAUUCUGUCUCCUGUUUGCCAAUCCACAGCAGCUGAUUUCUCCAAGCUUGAAUGAGCCCAUGGGGGUCUGAUCAGGUGAGGUGACCGCUGGCAAGUGACCCAGCCCUUGUCAACUCUCCCACCCCAGCUGCUGCUGCCAUGAGCACUGUGGGAUCUGGGAGCUGGGUUAGCGGGGACAGUAAGAAGGGGCCAGGAGCCCAUCCCCAAAACCUGGACAUGUCCUAGCCUGGUGUCUGCCUGGGCACCAAUACUAGGCAGGCAGGCAGGCAGGCAGGGCAAUGACCCACACCAGAGCCAGCCAUGGCAGGCCCCAGCACCCAAGCAGAGUAUAUGAUCAUUUCCCUUGCACCCCAUGUCUGGAAUCUUUCUCGUGAGCUCACUGUGGAAAGGAGGUUACAAGCCCAGGGUCACUGUGCCACUCCAUAGUCAGUCCCCUUAGUAAGUAACCUUCAAAGGCAAAUAAAUGACCUAAUUAAAAAACACAAAAGCCGGCCUUCCUUCCAAGGAGUCCCCUAAGAAUCUGUGGGCGCUCUGCUCCGACUGAGGAAGUCGGAGUAAAUGCAGACAGCUGCAGACUGUUCUAGAGUUCCGUUCUUUUCUCUGAUGGCACAUCUCUUGUGUUCAGUUAUUACCCAAAAAAACAAAGACCAAAGAAGGCCAAUCUCUCAUUUGACCGUGUUUUUAAUCUGCCUGUUUUGACACAUGCCGUCUGUAGUAACCGCUCGCUGUGAGGCCCCAUCUUGACAGUCCAAGUGAUCGUGACCAGUGAUUAGCGUCCCGUGUUCUUCUGCUCUUCUAAGAAACUGAGACAGUGUGAGUCAUUGCCCAGCAAUAAUGUCACCAGGAGUCAGCAGCACGCCUCAUCUCCUGACAGCAUUAUGAUGUUUCGAUUCUGUUUACUGUGUGUUACAUGUGGUUUCAUUUGGUAUUUAUUUGUGUUUUGAGGUCUUGCGAUGUUUCUGUUCUGCUGCUAAUAAUAAAAUUUGUAAGACUGUAGAAUGCAAAAUUUUGCAAUGCUAAAGUGUCUAUUAGAGGAAAAUAAAGCUGAUUUAAGAGUC